AUGGAACAGCGGUUAGGCGAAGCGAUGGAAGGCAGGAUGCAAGCCAUGAUGAGCCAGGUGGUGAGCCAGCUUCCAUCGUUGAUGAGGGGAACGUUGGAUGUUGGAGGUGUUCAGCAGGAGGAGGAGUCCGGCGGUGACGUAGGGGCAUCGACAGGGGCCAGCGGUGACGCUGCCGCCCCGAACAGCAGCCAGGGGUCCGCCGCGACGGGCACAGUGGGUGUAGGCGGCUACGGCAGAGAAUAUGGCUCCCAAGGUGAGGCAGCCGCAACCGGCGGUGGCGUUGGCGGUGUUUUCGUCAGCGGUGAUGUCGCUGGUGAGGGUCUUUUCACGGGAGGCGGCGGAAUUUCGAAACUCGCCGCGUCUCACGUAAACCCACCACAGCUCAAGAAAGGGGCCGAGCAGUACCCGGGGUGGAGGCAGGAUAUGAUCGUGCAGGCAGGCAUUCUCGACAUAGGCGAUGUGUUCUCCGGCGGCGGGGUGCUGCCGGACAUCAACAAGCCACAGACCGCCCUUCUCGAGCAGGGGUUUUCGUAUGCAGCAAUCCGCAAGACGUAUCUGGCGUGGAAUUUCCUCUCUGCCGCGUUGACUACUGAGACGGACAAAGCCAUCCUCCGUCGUUGCACGAACCCAAGGGGAGCCCUGCGGCAACUAGAUGCGGCAUACCUGCCGGAGACGCAGGGUGCACAGCAGCAGCUUUUCAGAGAGUUCCAGCAGUACCAGACUCCUCGGAAGGAGAACCCCGUCGCCAGUUUGAACAAGCUCAUGGGUAUGGCCAACAUGAUGCGGCAAGGGGGCGGAGCCACGGUAAACGACCAGUUCGUGUUCGCCCGACUUAUCGAUUCGCUGCCCAACCCCGAAUACGAAGUCACCAAGCAAACCUUGUCGGUGGUCCAACCGCUGACGAGGGAUAUCCUUGUACAACAGCUCUCAACCCGAUUUAACCUUCUCACCGAGGAAUGGAGGAAGGAAGGAGAAAAAGGAUCCGGGGGGGAGCAGGCGUACAUUGCGGGUGACGGCACCGGGAAGGGGCGGCAGGCUGGCGGCGGCCGCGGCAGUAAGAGCAACGGCCGUGGCAGCAAGAAGAAGGCAGGGACGGACGACUGGGUCGACCACCGGAGGUGUUUCCGGUGCAACCACCGCGGGCAUAGGAAGCCCGACUGCACCACGAAGGAGGAGGACUUCCUGGAGCAGUGCGACACGUGUUCGGGCUUUGGGCACAACAGCGAGAAGUGUGCGACACCCACGGAGGAAGCGUGCAUGGCGGUAGUGGAGCAUGCCAACUUCGCGGUGGUGAGUUUCGAAGAGCAGUACGACCGCGCGGAGGAACUGUGCAAGAUGGAUCCUAGUUGGGAGAAGCUGACCGAAGACGAGAAGGAAGCAAAGGUGCAGGAAAAGAUAACUGAAAGUUUCUAGGGUGGACAGGUGGUGUUGCUAAUACGGUACGGCAGGUUGGCCGUAGGCCCUCAGCGCCGCUGAUUUGCGGUGGGGGGGCCGGACGAAGUCGCGCGGAGGUGGCGCGCAAGCACAGCAUGGACAGAGGGGCCAUGAAAGUCGCACAAUUGACGGUGCGC